ACGGUCCGUAUAGGAUCUAACUCAAGUAGUAUAGUUAGAGUCCCUUUUUUAAAUAGGACUGUUUAGCCCGACCUGGUAAUGGUAAAGCUCGUGACUCGUUUAGGCUUGUGUAUGCAGUGUCUUUAUCAACUAAACUUAAUGUCCACCGUUUUCGCCGCAGAUGGUUCCACUUGACCAGCCUCUCUCUUCUGGCUCUGUUAGGCCCACUUUUCAGUUUGUGGGUCUCACGUUCUUUUGGAAUUUCUUCGCUGUUUUCCUAGUAUUUUGCACGCUUAAAGUUUGGUUUGUGAGGUUUUUGCAGCUCUGGUAAUUGGUUGUUUAGUGCAGGGCUGCAGGCGCAGCUGCUGUUUUCCAAUUGUUUGGACUCAAUUUUUAGUUUCUAAGUACCUCGUGUGGUAAAUUUCCUGUAUACACAUUUGAGGCUUAUUAUUGUUCGUAGUUAUAUGGCAGUGCAACAAACUCCUGUUGCAGCCACUUCGGUUCAUCCUGAUUCUGCUCAUGUAGUUUGUAAUCCCUCUCUUAUCACUAACUUGUCUCCUCCUAUGAGACCUCAUAACAUUAUUACAAAUUUGGCCCAACCCAUUUGUAAACCUUAACUCUAAAAGUUGUUAAUUAGAAGAGCCGUCAGCUGCAAAUUCCAUUGUUCUGUUCAUCUUUCAUGUUUUUUUAUUCCUCUUGUUCUAUAAAAAAUUCAUUCUUCAUUUUUUUGUUUAUGGAUUGAAUUUUGAAGUGGAUAUGUAUCUACAUCUUUAUCUCCUCCUUAUCCUUUUUGCGAUGAACAAAGUCACUAAAUCUUUUAAAUUUAGGGGCUUUAUUAUUAAAUAAAAAAAAAGAUUUAGUGGUUCUUUUUUAAGGAAGAUUUAGUUUUUUUUUUUUUAAGGAAGAUUUGGUUGUUUUUUUGUAAGGAAGAUUUACUGACUGGGUCUGUCUUAGAGGACCCAGUGAACUUAUCAAGAAGCUCAGCCUUAUCAAGAUUUAGUUUUUUUAAGGAAGAUUUAGUUUUUUUUUUUUUUUUAAGGAAGAUUUGGUUGUUUUUUUUCGGUUCUUUGUACUAUUUAAAUCGUUGGCCAGUACUCUAUCUAGUCCACUCCACUCUACUAGUACUACUAGGGUUCAAAUUCAAUACUGGAUUUUGGUCUAACGAUGAAGAGUUUCGGUAGAUUAUUAGAGUUUGGCUACUCGAUUUUCAGUUUCUUUGUAAACAAAGAAAAAAAGAAGAAGAAUUAUUCAGCAUUGGUAUCGAUCUUACCUGAAGAAGUUAUGUUAGAAAUUGUAUCGAGGCUUCCGGUGAAAUAUGUUAUGCAACUCAGGUGCGUUAACAAGUUUUUCAAUACUCUUGUCUUUGAUCCUUACUUCAUUCAAAUGCAUCUCAAUAAAUCAACACAGAGAAAUUCGCAGCAGCUUGCAUUAAUCUGUUUUAGGAAGGAUAUUAGUCAUGAUGAUGAUGAUCCAAAGGAUUGGACUAGUGAUUUGAAAACUUUCUCCAUUCAAUGUUCACUCCAAAAUAAAUUUAACACCAUCAUUCACUGUUCUGAUCCUUACUAUCUAAAGGGCAAGGAGGAUCCACAUAUAGUACGGUGGUUUGUUGGCUCGUGUAAUGGAUUGCUAUUGAUGAAAUUCACAUGCCCUCGUUGUGAUCAUUAUCUUUAUUUCUGGAACCCAGCUAUGAGAAAACAAUCUAAAAAAAUUGCAAUAUUUUUCAAUAUUUACACCAAUCCUAAUUAUAACAUCUCUUUUGGUUAUGAUAAUUCGACUCAAACAUAUAAGGUGGUAGCGUUCUAUUUGGAGAUGAAACCUGGUUGUAAUCCAAAAAGUGUGGUUAAAGUUUUCAGCUUGGGGGAUAAUAAUUCUUGGAGAGAUAUUCAAUGUCUCCCUGUGCUUCCACUUAUUUAUCUUGGUACUGAUAGCAAUAAAAAUGAUGGUGUGCAUUUCAAUGGUACUAUUAACUGGUUUGCCCUUCAAGAUGGCGUCGAUAUCAAAACUACUAUUCUUCGUUUUCAACAAUGUUUGAUUCUUUCACUUGAUCUCUCCACCGAGACAUACACUAAAUUGUCGCUACCUCAGAGAUUUGAUAAGGUGUCGGGUUAUAUCCCAAAGCUUGUGGUUUUAAUGGAUUGUCUUUGUUUUUGUCAUGAUUUUGAGAAAACCCAUUUUGUUAUAUGGCAAAUGAAGGAUUUUGGAGUUCAAGACUCUUGGAUUCAAUUAUUUAAAAUUAGUCAUGACCAUUUCUAUACAUGGAUUAAUCUGUUGCCAUUGUAUCUUUCUGAGAAUGGCGAUACGCUGGUAUUGGCAAAUGUUAAAGGCAAAGAGGCAUUUAUCUAUAACCGUAGAGACAACAAAGUAGAGAAAAUUGGAAUUGCUACGCAUAGAAAGUGGUCACAGUCCAAGGGUUAUGUUGAAAGUUUAGUUUCGACUCAUUGAAAUUUAAAAACACUAUGUAUUGUAUGGCCAGAGAAAUACACAACAAAGAGGGCUGCUGCAAUUGAUUGAUGAUGUUGAAAUUGAAGCAUCACUCACUGUGGAACUUUAUUUUUCAAUUACUUGUAAUGUGUUGUUAUCUACCAUAUAUUUGAAUUCAUUUUUAUUCUUCAAUUAGUUAUAAUGUGUUGUUAUCUAGCAAAUAUUUGAAUUCCUUUUUAUUUUCAGACCUAGCUAUAGAACUUGGAUAUUUAUGAGCAAGAGGAGAAUAACAAUACAAUAUUAUGACAUCAAAUUAAAUGUUUGGCGACUAUAAUUGAUAAUCAAUUUCAUUGAUAAACAACAAA